AUGUUUUCUCAACGUCUUAGCGCUUUCAAGAGCUUUCCUCUCAGCAACUCAAGCCGUAACUCAAUUCGUUUGGGCCCAUCACUCGAAACUCGUACCUUAUUAAAUCGCUGGUAUUCUAGCAACCAACCUCUCCAUCGCAAGCCGGUUGAAGAGGAUACAAUUCCCCCUAAAGACAAUGCUAGUCGUGAAACGACCACUGACUCAGAGGCCAAUGUUCGUUCCGACUGGGAUAAUACCCCCAUUGAUGAAUUAGAGCGCGAGACCGCCGCCAAGAGUCAACGCACUGAAAACGUAUCCGUGAACGACCGAAAGAGCCCUCCUUCUGCUGAUGAAAUGUAA